AUGGCAGAUGUAAGCAGCACCAAUAUUCCAUCAUGUGAUUCUUCUUCCUCACGACAGGCAACCAGUUUGAGAAAUAACAGACAAACAUCUAGCAACAAGAAUCCAGCUCAACUCAAAUGCACCGCUUGUGAAGAGUUUCAAGAUUUUCAACAAAUGGCUAGACUUCCUUGCAAAUGUGUAUAUUGCAGCACCUGCCUCCAAAGACGUUUCGCUUGCGCGAUAAAGGCUGAGCACAUGUUUCCUGUCACAUGCUGCUGGGAUACUCUCAAUGUCACGCCCUAUUAUAAUCUGUUGUCUCCUGAUCUGAUUCGCGACUAUGAAGCCAAGAAAAUCGAAUACGAAACCGUGGAUCGUACUUACUGCGCCAACAAAGUUUGCUCUGAUUUUAUCGUCAAGGAAAAUAUCAGAGGACAUAAAGCUUUCUGCGCCAAGUCGCCAUGCAAUACAAUUACAUGCACAAAGUGUAAGAGCGAAUGGCAUGAUGGAGAAUGUCCUCGCGAUCAGAAUCAAGAGCUAGUUCUUGCCGAAGCCCAGAGACAAGGCUGGAAACGAUGUGCGAAAUGUGGUAGCUUGAUCGAAUUUGUUGAUGGAUGUCUCCAGAUGGAAUGUCAAUGCGGCUAUGAAUUCUGCUAUUGCUGCGCCGCGGUAUGGAAAACUUGUCGAUGCAAACAAAUUGACCUUGAUCGAUUACUCAGAGCUACCAAUACGUAUGCAGAUAACGAACGUUUCAUGGAGGUCAAUGAAGAUGGUGAAGGCGGUGAUGAGGACGGUGAUGAGGAUGGUGAUGAGGACGGUGAUGAGGACGGUGAUGAGGACAGUGAUGAGGACGGUGAUGAGGACGGUGAUGAGGACGGUGUUUAA